AACGCGGCGGCGUGGGCGGCCUACUACGCCCAGUACGGCCAGCAGCCCCAGGCCGGCAUGACCCCCACCAGCGGCGCCCCCGGCACCAGCCAAGCCAACGGUCAAGGUCAACAGAAUCAGCAGCCUCAGGACUACACGAAAGCCUGGGAGGAGUACUACAAGAAACAAGGUCAAGCGGCCCCUCAGGCCGCCCCGGCAGCCGCGGCGGCCGCCACCCAGCCCGGCGGUCAGCCGGACUACAGCGCGGCCUGGGCGGAGUACUACCGGCAGCAGGCCGCCUACUACGGCUCGGCCAACCCCCAGGCCAUGGGCGCCGCCCCCCCAGCCCCCCCGGGCCAGUAAUGUGAAGUGGACAUAAAGUAAAUGCUACAUUGUCGAAACAAAAUCCUUUGUUAAAUGUUUGGAUGCAGACGCCUUGAUGAAGAUCUUAAAUUUCCUUGGUUUGAAAGUGUUUCACAUAGAUGGCAGAUAACCCGGAGAACACGUCCUCUUUGAAAAAGUUUUUUUUUUUUUUCUCUUCUUGUUUAUCUUGUGUUGUUUUUUUCCCCCCCCCCGGUUUUUCUUGUAAAUGCUUUGUUUUUAGUGAGGUAAUUAUACAUAUGGUCAUUCCAGCCCUGUAUCUACAUUUAAUGUGGUUAGAACUCAUGUUUAUUAAACUGUAGACAUUACCAUGUAAAUCAUCUCAGUUUUAAAAAUGCUAUUGCCUGUUGUGUUUUUGCAAUAAAACAAACUGAAACCUCCUGUGUUGGUAAGUUGGGGUGGUUGGAAGGUGGGCUGUAUGUGGUUGUUGCUGUACCCGGGGUGGGCUGGCGGGGGGGGGUUUGAAAUGAUGCAAGCCAUGUAUGGGUUGAGUUGUCCCGAACGGUUGGUUUGGAAGUUGUGCUGUCCUGUCUCUCUCCAACUGUCCACGAGGCUCGUAGACACACAUGCGCGCACUGAUCCGGAGCGGUUCAGCGGAAAAGCGCUUUUGACUCCUGUUCCCGAGGUUACUGACUGUAGCGGUAGACACACGUUUGUCUUAAGAAAGCCGACAGGUACCUGUGAAUCGCACCUCAUGCAUUAACUGCGUUGCUGUGGCGCUCCCUUUUGUCUUUUUGUUGCUUAUGCCUGGUUUUGCAGACAUUGUUGAGCCUGUACACUUUUUUUAAAAAGAAAUACCAAAUUGUUUUUGCCUUCAUAGUCACUUCCUCCUCCACAGGCGAGUUUAGAGCAGCGGUAAGCAGGUACUCUGUCCAUGUUCCUCAGAAAAUGUGGUUUCAAGAAAUGUUUUAGUGUUCUAUACAUAUAUACAUAUAUAUUUUUGUGCUGUUCUUUUUCCAGGACAGUCAGGUAAAAAUUGACUCUGUUUAAGAAAAAUGUAUUGAAACAUUUUGCCAUGCCCGUUUUUCAGUUGUGUAUAAAUUUUGUCUUUUUAAAAAUGUUUUUUUAAUAUAAAAACAUUGCAAAAGUCGUCUUUGCUGUGCCCAUUCUGUUAGUGUUGAUCCAAAAUAAGAGCGUAGAUGUCGUAGGGUCGGGGGUGGCUAAGCAGCCUCUUCAUCCAUCAGUUGAACCCUCCUGUAAUGUAAGUACAAAACUGUGACUCUUUAAGACCACACGCAUUUUUUUGAUGUAGUAUUUUUGUGAAAACAAAUUCCCCCCCCCCCCCCACCCCCCCCCCCCCUUUAUCUUGGGUAAGUAUGAAAUGUUCUGAGAGGCUUAGUAUCUGAAGACUGCUGAUUCUUGUGCCACAUGUUUCUGAGACUCAUUUGUGACCUGACUGUGAUUAGAUUGUGUAGGUAGCACUUCAGUGGUUUUUUUCUGACCUGAGGGGUUGCCCUGCUGGUGGGAGACUGUGUUAACGAUGUGGUUUCUGCGUUUUUCUCUGAAUACCUGACCUGCUGAGUGCCACUGAGUUCAUGUCUUAAAAUGCCAUUAAUUUGCUUAGACAUCUACUGCACAGUUACCAGUGUAGCAUGCUUAGGUCUCUGCCCAUGAUUUCUUUCCAUGUCCCAUAUAAGCAUGUUGGAAUGCUAAUAGUUGAAGUGCUUCUGAUUAGCCCAGUUAACUCAUUCUGAUGAUGAUGAUGAUGAUGAUGAUCGUUGAUUUAACUUUUCUCUGACGGAGCAUUGUUGUGACUGGCUGUGAAAUAGAAAAGUCAGAACAAUAUUUAACUGCAUUGUUCACUGAUGGCAAACAGUACAAUAUAUCUGAUCUUUGCAGUGUCGUCCCAGACCUUGCAUCUUAGGUUCUGCUGCAUAACACAGGUAAGCGAAACCUAAGGAGACCAAAGUGUUGUUUUUUUUAUAUCUUGCCCAGUGACAUGAGCCAUAUAAAAGUGCAAAGAAAUGCUUACCUGUGUUGUUAACAUGCCUCACUGCAUUUUUAUGCUAUCCGUAGUACAGAAAUGUGCAGGAUCUCCACGUACGAUCCGCCCUGUUUUUGUAGGAUCUGUCAUUAAUGAACUGCAUGAUGAGCUAAACCGGUUGUUACAUUAAGUUGUUUGUUUUUUAAAAAAUUACUCUUGCAAAGUGACUUUCCCACCCAAACCUACCCCCUCCCCCCC